AUGAUUGUAAGAAUGAUACGUCUUUGUAAUGGCCCAAAGUUGUUACGAAGUCAAUUCACAUCAGCAAGCGCACUAUAUUCAACCAAGCCAUUGUUCAAACCCCUUACGUGCCAAAAAGUAGGGAUGGCUUUAAUCAUUCCACGCAGAAAGCAGUUUUUCUUUCGUUCGAUUCGAUUACAGUCAAGCAUUACGGAAGGAAAGAAGCCCACCAAGCCCACUUUAAAAUUAUCCGAUGCGAAUUCAAAAUCUUCGGGGUUUAAAGACAUUAAGCGGCUGUUCGUCUUAUCUAAACCGGAAUCCAGAUAUAUUGGACUUGCCCUUCUUUUAAUCCUCAUUUCAAGUUCAGUAAGUAUGGCUGUGCCUUCCGUUAUCGGUAAGUUAUUAGACUUGGCUUCCGAAAGUGACGACAAAGAUGAAGAGGGAUCAAAAAGCAAUAAGUUAUAUGGUCUAACCAAGAAGCAAUUUUUUACAGCAUUAGGAGUAGUGUUUAUAAUUGGUGCAGUUGCUAAUGCAAGUAGAAUUAUCAUUUUAAAGGUCACUGGUGAAAGACUGGUUGCGAGAUUAAGAACGAGAACAAUGAAAGCUGCCUUAGAUCAAGAUGCCACAUUUUUAGAUACUAACCGUGUUGGUGAUUUGAUUUCAAGAUUAUCAUCCGAUGCAUCUAUAGUGGCUAAAUCUGUUACACAGAACGUCUCUGAUGGUACAAGAGCAAUUAUCCAAGGAUUUGUCGGCUUUGGUAUGAUGAGCUUCCUCUCCUGGAAAUUAACUUGCGUUAUGAUGGUUUUAGCCCCUCCCUUAGGUGCUAUGGCACUGAUAUAUGGUAGGAAGAUACGAAACCUAUCAAGACAGUUACAAACUUCAGUAGGUGGGUUAACAAAAGUGGCAGAAGAACAAUUAAAUGCCACUAGAACUAUUCAAGCAUAUGGUGGUGAAAAAAACGAAGUUCACCGUUAUGCAAAGGAAGUUAGAAAUGUAUUUCAUAUUGGCCUAAAGGAAGCUGUUACUUCUGGUUUAUUUUUCGGGAGUACUGGGCUAGUUGGUAACACUGCAAUGCUGUCGUUAUUAUUGGUUGGAACGAGUAUGAUUCAAAGUGGCACAAUGACCGUCGGUGAAUUAUCAAGUUUCAUGAUGUACGCCGUGUAUACCGGAAGUUCAUUAUUUGGCUUAUCGAGCUUCUACUCAGAACUUAUGAAGGGUGCUGGUGCCGCUGCCAGAGUCUUUGAAUUAAAUGACCGUAAGCCAUUGAUUCGUCCGACUAUUGGGAGGGAUCCUGUGUCAUUGGCGCAAAAACCUAUCGUUUUCAAAAAUGUGUCGUUCACUUAUCCAACUCGGCCCAAACAUCAGAUUUUCAAGGAUUUGAAUAUUACUAUCAAACCCGGUGAACAUGUCUGCGCUGUCGGGCCAUCAGGAAGUGGUAAAUCAACGAUUGCAUCUUUGUUGCUCAGGUACUACGAUGUGAACUCAGGAUCGAUUGAGUUUGGUGAUGAAGACAUCAGAAACUUCAACUUGAGAAAGUAUCGAAGAUUACUAGGAUACGUACAGCAAGAACCACUACUUUUCAAUGGAACCAUUUUAGAAAACAUCCUCUACUGUAUUCCGCCUGAAAUUGCGGAGCAGGAAGUUCGUAUUGGACGUGCCAUUGGGCAAGCUAACUGCACAAAGUUUCUGGCCAAUUUCCCAGACGGAUUGCAGACUAUGGUUGGCGCUAGAGGUGCACAAUUGUCCGGUGGUCAAAAGCAAAGAAUCGCAUUAGCUAGAGCGUUCUUAUUGGAUCCUGCCGUCCUUAUUUUAGAUGAAGCAACCAGCGCCCUUGACUCGCAAAGUGAAGAAAUAGUGGCGAAAAACCUUCAGAGACGUGUAGAAAGGGGUUUAACAACUAUAUCAAUUGCACAUAGGCUUUCGACUAUCAAACACAGCACUAGGGUCAUAGUGUUAGGGAAACACGGCUCAGUUGUUGAAACUGGUUCAUUCCAAGAUCUGAUCGCUAUUCCUAAUAGUGAGCUGAAUGCUUUGCUUGCCGAACAGCAGGAUGAGGAAGGAAAAGAACGAACGAUGAAUUCGGACAGUGGCAUUGCUCAAGAAGUAUAA